CCUCCAUAGGAGAGUAACAGCUAUAGGAGAGUAUCAGCUAUAGGAGAGUAUCAGCUAUAGGAGAGUAACAGCUAUAGGAGAGUAUCAGCUAUAGGAGAGUAUCAGCUAUAGGAGAGUAUCAGCUAUAGGAGAGUAUCAGCUAUAGGAGAGUAUCAGCUAUAGGAGAGUAUCAGCUAUAGGAGAGUAUCAGCUAUAGGAGAGUAUCAGCUAUAGGAGAGUAUCAGCUAUAGGAGAGUAUCAGCUAUAGGAGAGUAUCAGCCAUAGCCAUCUCCUUUCCUUCCUUAGUGCCACCGCCUGGUUGGAGUUGAGCCCUGUAGACACCAUGUCACAUACAAGCAUGGAUCCAACCAAGAUGGGUAUCGGCCGGUCUGUCGCCGUGCUGACCUCAGGAGGUGAUGCCCAAGGUAUGAACGCGGCUGUGAGGGCCACAGUCAGAGUUGGUCUCUACACUGGAGCCAAAGUCUACUUUGUUCAUGAGGGUUACCAGGGUCUGGUGGACGGAGGAGACAACAUCAAACUGGCCACCUGGGAGAGUGUGUCCAUGAUGCUGCAACUGGGUGGCACGGUCAUCGGCAGUGCCCGCUGCAUGGACUUCAGAGCCAGGGAGGGCCGCAUGAAGGCUGCCCUGAACUUGGUCAAGUUGGGUAUCACCAACCUGUGUGUGAUCGGGGGUGACGGUAGUCUAACCGGAGCUAACCAGUUCAGGACGGAGUGGUCCACUCUGCUGGUCGACCUGGUCAAAGCCG